GUGGUCGAGGCCGGCUCGGUGCGCGCGCUUUGGAAGUUCGCGAGCGCGCUCGGUUGCGCGCGCAGCUCCUCUGAGGGGAAACUUGAAGGGGGCGGGGAGCACCUUCUCCGUGAGGGAAAAGUGAGGGGAAGGUGUCCCUCCCUGUGAGGGAAGGGGCUUCUUUUUGCCUGGAAAGGGGGGCGUGAGGGGGAGGGGUGCCUUUUUUCGACAAAAAAAAAAAAAACCCACCCCAAAUAUUUGCCGGCUCCCGGCGAAUUCUCUCUGUGCGUGAGAGGAGGGGCUUCCCCCACCCCAAAACCGACUGAGGGCUUAUGGGGGGAGAUUGACAGGCCCCUCCUCCCUUCCACGCCCCCCCGACCAAUUUUGGACCAGCCCCUCCCCUCCCCCCGCCGGGUGGGGGCAGUGAGCGCCUCCAUGCCCUUGGCUGGGCUGCUGGGCGGUCUCCGUGCCAGCGGCAGCCCCGCCCACCCGGCCGGCCAGCAGGUGGGGUGGGGGCGUGGGAGGGGGCGGGGGUGAGCCUUUGCACACGCAUACACACACGCACGCACGCACGCGUGUGCCUGCGAGAUCGGCGCCCGUCUGCACGCUCGCCCAUCGCUGCAUCGCCCGAAGUGCUGCUGCUGCUGGCGCCCACCGGGACCCCUGGGGAGGCGAUGGGGGACCACCGAGAGGCCGGCGACGUCAACUCGAACCUGCUCAUCACCUUCAGCACGGGGGACCUGCAGCUGGACAAGGCCAUCUGGCAGUGGCUGACCUGGGACAAGAAUCCGAAAACGAAAGAGCAAAUUGAAAACUUGCUACGAAAUGGGAAGAAUAAGGAGCUGCGGGACCGUCUAUGCCAUCGGCUUACCUUUGGAACUGCCGGGCUCCGCUCUGCUAUGGGGGCCGGCUUUUGCUACAUCAAUGAUCUUACUGUGAUCCAGUCAACACAGGGGAUGUACAAAUACCUUGAGAAAUCGUUUCCAGACUUCAAGCAACGUGGUUUUGUUGUUGGAUAUGACACGCGAGGCCAGAUAACCAGCAGUUGCAGCAGCUUAAGACUUGCAAAGCUCACAGCAGCAGUCCUGCUUGCUAAGGGUGUACCUGUCUACCUGUUCUCAAGAUAUGUUCCCACUCCUUUUGUGCCCUACGCAGUUCAGCAGCUCAGAGCUGUAGCUGGGGUGAUGAUUACUGCUUCCCAUAACCGUAAGGAAGACAAUGGCUACAAGGUAUACUGGGAAAAUGGCGCUCAGAUCACAUCUCCUCAUGACAAAGAAAUCCUGAAGUGUAUAGAAGAAUGUGUUGAGCCGUGGAACGACUCCUGGAAUGAGAAUCUGGUAGAAAGCAGCCCUCUUAUGCGAGAUCCCUUGAAGGAAAUCUGUGCAAGCUACAUGGAGGACCUGAAAAGGAUCUGUUACCAUAGGGAGCUGAACACAAAGAGCAGCUUGAAAUUUGUUCACACGUCCUUUCAUGGGGUUGGGCACGACUACGUGCAGUUGGCUUUUCAGGCGUUUGGCUUUCAGCCCCCCAUUCCAGUUCCUGAACAAAAAGACCCAGAUCCAGAUUUCUCCACUGUAAAAUGUCCGAAUCCUGAAGAAGGAGAAUCUGUGCUAGAAUUGUCUUUGAGGCUUGCGGAGAAGGAAGGUGCCAGGGUGGUGGUGGCAACUGACCCUGAUGCAGACAGAUUAGCUGUGGCAGAACUGCAGAAGAAUGGCCGCUGGAAGGUCUUCACUGGCAAUGAGCUGGCAGCGUUGUUUGGGUGGUGGAUGUUUACUUGUUGGAAGGAGAAUUGUUCCAAAGAUGCCGACGUCAAGAAUGUUUACAUGCUGGCCACCACGGUCUCCUCUAAGAUCCUGAAGGCCAUCGCACAAAAAGAAGGAUUUCACUUUGAAGAUACACUCCCUGGCUUCAAAUCGAUUGGCAGCAGAGUUAAAAACCUCCUGGACAGCGGCAAAGAAGUCCUUUUUGCCUUUGAAGAGUCCAUUGGCUUCAUGUGUGGCACUUCCGUGCUGGACAAAGAUGGCGUCAGCGCAGCUGUGGUGAUCGCAGAAAUGGCUGCUUAUCUAGAUACCAAGAGCCAAAUGCUGGCAUCCCAACUAACAGAAAUAUAUAAAAUGUAUGGCUACCACAUUUCAAAAACCUCGUAUUUCCUGUGUUAUGAUCCUCCUACUAUCAAAAGGAUAUUUGAAAGACUCCGAAACUUUACAUCGCCUAAUUCUUACCCAACAGUUUGUGGCACUUUCAGUAUAUUGGACAUCCGGGAUGUGACCACUGGGUAUGACAGCAGCCAGCCAAAUAAGAAGUCGGUACUGCCUGUGAGUAAAAACAGUCAGAUGAUCACCUUCACCUUUCAGAAUGGCUGUGUCGCCACCCUUCGGACAAGUGGAACUGAACCAAAGAUAAAAUAUUAUGCAGAGAUGUGCGCACCACCGGAACAGAGCGACACGGUCUUCCUGGAAGAGGAUCUACAGAACCUCAUUGAUGCCCUGAUUGAGAAUUUUCUGGAGCCUAGUAAGAAUGGACUGAUCUGGCGUUCGGUGUAGCCUUCCUCCUGCUGCUGCUGCCAUUGGCUGUGAUAGCAGUCACUCCAUGCACUGCGUAAUGUGGAACAAAGGAACCAAGAUGAUAACUCCUGUUUGCAUUUAUAUAUAUACUAUAUAUAUAUAUUUGCUAUAUAUGAAUGCCUCUGUGUGUGUGUGUGUUUUAUAUAUAGAUAUAUAUGUUCCUUAGCCAGCAUAUUUAUAUGGAAGCAGUAUCAUUUUGUCAGCUUUCUUUCCAAAAUGAGAAGCAGAUUACCAGACAGCUUUGGGCUCCCACAUGGAUCCAUCAAGCCAAAAGGAAAGGGCUGAGCAGUUUCUGGCAAAUUUGCCAGGAGUGAUUGGUGAAAGCGACUUCCUCUACCGCCGCACCUCAAAAACGAAAUAAAUGCAACCCUGGAGGCUUUCCUGGCUGCCGCCUUGUAGUAAACCAGUGUUGGGUAUCUGAAGUCUUCAACUUGCUCAGUCCCUUGGCAGCUGGCCUGGAUGAUCAUAUCGGGCUGGCAGAAUGGCCCUGCUUCCUUGUAGCUGUUUUGAGUGUAGGUAUCUUUACUGUACUGUUGAGUCUUACCUUUUUUAAAAAAAUCAGUCUGUUCAGUAGAAUUCAGUACUUCGGGUUUUCUAGUGCAGAAGUUGUUUAGAAGUCAUAAAGGUUCCAGCUCUUUAAAUCUCUUCUUUUGAAAGGUGCUCUUUGUGCAUUGUAUUCUUAUCUGUCUGUGUAUUUGCUGAAGUUUACUCGACAGUUAAGCAGUAGUGGCAAGCUAUAUCAUAUGAGGUGUAGCUAUCUAGCCCUGGGGCCAAAGCAGGUAUGAUGGACCACCUCAUUCCUCUUUUGGCCCUCGGACUGCCUACUGGGCUUCUUGGAAGUUAGGAAGCAAGACAGAAUGCAGACCUCUUGGCUCAAGGGGAUACAAAAUUGAUCAUUGCUGUGCCUGCUUUGCCUUCACCUGCCACCAUUAGAAAUCCUUCUAGUCUAGACAUACCAGCUUUGCCCCUGCCACUAUUUUAAAGUCGCAGUAUCUUUAAAAUAAACAACCUACAUCAAAUAAAGCAAUAUUCAAUAAUCCAUCCAAAUCUAAGAGUAAACAGUAAAGCAUCAGCGAAUAAUAACUAAGCAGUUUGCACCUAUCAGUUACAACAAAGAAUUACUAAUCUAUAAUCAAUAAAGAUAACACCAAAUCGCAAUGCAUAAAAUACCACAAAACCUACAAAACCAUGUAAAAGGGUCAAAUGGAGAAACUGUCACACACAACUAAUAAUUAUUAUUUUUUAAAAUAUCCCUGAACGCCUCUCUUCCCAGCUGGUUCUGCUGUUCUCAAAGUCAUGGAAAGGCUCCCAGAGAGGGCUGGAGGGUGGGGCAAGACUUUUCCAAAUGUUCCUUCCAAAACUGGCGAGGGCAAGGCCGAGCUUCUGGCUAGAUUAAAAGCCCUUCUUGUGUUUCUUGAUGUGAGAAAGUAGAGGUAUACUGCCGGGGCCGCAACAUAUCUCUCAUUGUCUGCAAUUAUAUAAUUGGGGGACCUCAAGCAGUCCUGUUGUCUCUCUGUAUCCAUGAUUCUUUGCCUGACCACAGAUCUUGCUUAACCCAGGCCCAAAUGGAGCAUUUGGUCAUUGGAGCCUCCAAGCUGCAAUGCGAAAUGGUACAGCCCAGACACAGCUUUGCCACCUCAGAACUAGACAUAUUGCCACUUGGUUAAAUUGAUCAAGUAUAUAUUUGAAAGAGGGAGAAGUCCCAUCCGUUUCUCCAUCUGGCACUACCAAAGUUUCCAAGCAGAUUUUUUCUUCUUCUUCCAAACCCGGUAGCUUCUUUCUUCUGAGUUGACGGAAAAGCUGAGUUUCGGUAGCCCAGCUGAUAUAGCUUUGCCACUGUUGCUUGACUUUGUCCUCCUCUUUCUCCUUACGCCCUUUGUGAGUUGGAUCUGAUAAGGUGGUGCAGGUGACUUCUGUCCUGAUGACCCAGCUUUAGGCCACAGGGACAAGAAACUCCAUUUCUUGUACAUCUGGGUUUGGGGUUUGGGGGGAAAGAGGGGGAUUGAUGCCAACUGAAGCUUUUGCUCUGUGGCAUAACAAAGUACCUCCAUGGUAUCUGAAUGUAUGUGGACAGCAGGAACUUGCUUGUAUUGCACGAGGCUUUGGGGGCAAAAUCCACCAGGAACUCGUCCCGUGCGUAUUCCUGUUGUGUUUUGCCAUUGAUUUACAUGCAAUAUUUAUUUAUUAUUUUUAUUAUUUAAUGCUUAAAUGCCUUCCAGGUUGUUCGUAUAUAUCUGAGUGAAAUGUAUUGAAUGCCAAAAAACCUUCCUUUUUAUUUUAUUUUUUACUCUUUGUUUUCUUUUUCAUUUACUGUAUAUUUGAAAGUGCUGCAGCGUAGCGAGGAGAAAUUACGAGGGGGCAAUUAAAGCGACAGAGCUGCCCCAACCUACGUGCCAGAAGGCAUCCAAAGACAGUGGGAGCAAAUGUUUGCCUCAUGGGAGUUUUGUCAUCCUUUAAGAAUCCAAUUCCCAUCUCGUUAAAGUGUUGCUGUUUGGAACAGAGAGAGCAGAAUCCAAGGCCUUAAGAGGCUCUUUCCGAAUCCUUUGCUGAUUUGGGGGGGAAAGAACCCUCUUUCUCUGGUUUAGUUUGAACAAACAUAAGUCAUGGGAGAACAAAGCAACAUGUUUAUUGACAAGUUUUCUACUUGUAGAGAGGAUAGCAGAGGUGGCAGCCUAGGUCCUCCCUAUUCACAUGAUGGGGUGAGUAGCUUAGGGAUCACUAUCGGAUUGAUUGUGUCCUGGGACAAGAGUUUAAGAGAGAGGGGGGCAUAUAUUCCCUACCCCCAAAUGUAUGGGAAAGAGGGCUAUGGCUCCAGUUUUGUUUAGUGUCCUGAGAAAGCUGACUUGUUAAGGAUUUGAUUAUUUCUGCUGGAACCGCUGCUAUCGGUGGUUUUUGUUUUUCCCCCCAAUUGUUCACAAAGCUUGAAAAUCCAUCCUAUUCCAUUGGGGGAAGUUUCUUUUUCUUCUUUUCCCUGCUUUUCUUAACUGUGAAAGAUCACCUCCUCCUCUUACCUCACCAAUGAGCAACAUGGAGGUCCUUUGGCCUUCUGCUCCCACCCUCCUUCCCUGUGGGGUUUCUCUUGACUGAUGCCAGGAACAUUUAUAAUGUGGCAUGACAGGCAAAAGUAUUUGAAACCACUUCAGAAACACACUGUGGUUUGUUUAAGAUGCCUCUUCCCUUCUAAGAUGUUGGUGUGGAGCGAUAUCACCAGGUUGUUGUAUGAUGAUUUGAUAAGGUGGGGGGUGGUUUGUUGUUUUGCUCUUUCAAAUCUUGAAAUGAUUUGCUGAAAGCACUUUCGUCUCCUGAAAUUCUGUAGCAUGGUCUCUGUGCAUGUCUCCUCAGAAGUAAAUCCCAGUGAAUACAGUGGGACUUACUCCAAGCUAAAAGAGUAUAGGUUUGCAGCUUAAAAUGCAGGCUUUGAAAAGCAACACAUGAAGUUUGCUAGUUGAGAAUAUUUAUAAUUCAUUUUGACUGCUUGGUUUACUUGAGUAUGCUUUUGAGAAAACCUCCCCUUUCCUACCCAAUAAGAAAACGUCUUAAAGGUCUUCAUCGUCUUAAUCGUCUGUUAUGACAAUAAAUGGCAACCACUGUUUUGGGAAUAGGUGAGGGAGAGAACAGACUUUCCCUUGCAAUAUCAACCUCAAAGGAAGAGCCCAAAAUCUGGUCUCAUUUUUAUUAUGGAGAAGACUCCCUUUCUGGUGCAGCCUUGCACUUGAUGAAUCACACCCCAUAAAGAAGAAGCCCCGCACAUGCAAGCAAGAUUUUUUCCAUUAUCAGCAGAGUCCAGUGCUAUAGUGGGCUCUGUAUACUUGGAGCUCCGAAUCGCACUCAGUAAGUUUUUAAGUCCUCAUGCCAACAGAGUGUGUUGAAAUAACCUUUCGAAACUGGCAGGGCACAUCCAGUCCCCUGCCUCAGUUUCUUCCAGCUCCUGCCACCCCCUGUGCCAGGUUUACAAGUCUCCUGCAUGUCUUUCAGCCUUGACUGCUGCCUGAGCAGCUGUGCUUUGCGCUGAGAGGGAGCCCAGCAACAUCUCGGGGAGCUGAACUCUCCUAGGCCAAAUAGAGAGAAUCACUGCAAUAAUUGGUCAAGCGGAGAUGAGUCUCUUUGACUGACACGUUGUUGGUUCUGGUGAAUGGAGCUUCGUAGCCCACCUGUGCCUCACUGCAUCCAAUUUCAUCUCACUUAAGGAUGCUUUCAGGGCAUGGGGAGUCAUGCUCUGCAAUGUGCGCUUGCGCAAACAAGCACUGGAGCUUGUGUAGAACUUAAGGCCAUAAAGCAUUCUGUUGAUCAGUGUGAAGAUAAUUCAGUUUUUUGCAGGCGGGGCAUGACCAUUCAUAGUCCAUAGAUGUUUUACUCAAAGCAAGACCUUCCUUCAUAAUUUUUGUUCAGUGUGUACUGAGACUUUCAGAAAUGUGUACCGCUUCUUCUGGGCUUUUUAUUGCAGACAGCCCAAGUGCAGCAGGAAUGCCAACUGAGAUGAGACUCGGUUGGAAUACUUGUUUGGCUGCCCCAACCCAGCCACAUGCCAAGCUAUAAUGUGGCACCACCCUCUUCCUCUUUUCUCAAAGCUCCAAACUGUUGAGAGGCUUCAAGAAUAUAUAUAUAUAUAGAGAGAGAGAGAGUGCGUGUUUUGCCCUUUAUUGGAAAUACACAUCUUAUGUGCCAUAGUGAGAGACCUUGUGUGUUCCCUCUGGGACCUUGCAGCGUUAUCUGCCACUCAAAAGCUGGAAUGGUAGGAGUUGAGGGUGUGAUUCUUACAACUGUUAAGAUUCCAUGUCUCUUCUUUUUGUUUUGUUCUGAAAGAUGCGCAUGUCCUAAGUUUACAUAGGUGUACCCUUCCCACAAGACAGGGUGUGUGUAGUACAAAACACGGAGUACAAAAAGCAAAGCAAGGCUUCGCCCCUUACUGUGCCUGCCUUCGUUUGGUAGCCCCCUUAGCUUGGAAGGAGGUGAUGCACUUAGCACCUGCCCAGCCCAACCUCCAGCUUCCUUUUUAUGUAUCCUACUUGACUUCAUUUUCAGGACUGUUGCUUUAACCGGGGUAGUCACCAUCUUGGACUGCCCUUCAACUGAAUCUAAAGAGUGGUACCAGGCAAGCUUUUCAUUAUCCUUCUUUCAUUUCAGAUGUGCUUUUCUGCCUAAGAGACAAUGGGUGUAUUAUCAAUAUGGACUGAAAAUUUGCACUUUGAUUCUGUUGGAAGUAUUUUUUUGUGUCUGGAUUAUGAAGUGGGUUUAGUUGAAUAAAGUGUUAAGUUAAUAAAACGUUCUCCUUCUAGAA